CAAACAUUUCCACAAGAUGUAUUUCAGACACUGUACAUAUAUAUCAUAUAUUCAUAUUUGUCACAAAUCUCCACAUAAUAUUUAUCUGAGGUAUACCCUUAUAGAAAGGAGAGGAAAGAAAGAACAAUCGAAAGAAGAAAACUAUGUACAGGGUAGGGAGUGAUUUUUUUUACAACAUAUUCAUUGACUUGUGAGAAUAAAAUCAGGCCUAUGAGGAGUUAUGUAGUUAAACCAUUUUUCCAGUAUGAAUAAAAUUGUUCCAACUUAUGAUUAACAGAUGCUGUUAUCUUCUCCAUUUCGUAAAUGUCCAUUGUAAUUUCCAUCCAUACAUUUAAAGUUGGGCACUCCUGUGAUAACCAUUUCCUGGUAAGGGUCUUUUUACCAGCCACCAGCAGUACAUUCAUUAAAUAUUUGUCUCUUUUCAACCAUUCUUGAGGUAUAUCCUCAGCUUUUUUAAAAACUCCAGUCCUGCCGAAAGGACCAGUGUCCAGUGGCAUCAGUGGGACGAAAGGUCGCGGGUUCGAAUCCAGCCAGCCGGCUCCCCUGCGCGCUGGGUUACGAGCUGGUGAUCUCUUUGGAAAUGAAUCUCGGCAGAAACUACCGCAGUGAGUAAGUCAGAGAGGCGUGGAGAGAAAUCGUCGCUAACCGGAGAAACUCCGCCUGUGACAUUCCUUUCCUUUCCUUACUUCCUACCGAAGAGUCUCGACCUUACCCUUAGCUAUAGAUGUUUCCUGGCCUGCUUAGUUCCUCCAUUUUUGUGUGUGUUGCUUGGAUUUCCAGUGUCUCCACUCCAUAUUUUCUCUUGCUUGCAACUGUAACAUCUAAUUCCUCACGAACGCAAAUCAGUUUCCGGUCUGGUCGCAUGAUAACCUUCCGGCAGCCUUGCCAGUCGUUUUACUGCGCCUCCACUUAACCCGGAUUCAUGAAGCCACAAAACAAAGAAACCCAACAGAACCCAUUAAAACAAAAGAAGACCGUCAAACACCCAAUGUGUGGAGGAAAAAAGUGCAAACAAUAAAAAUUCUUAAAUGGCCAACGAGAAGCUGUUGCUGUUGGAUGUUGACUGUGGGUUGGAUGAUGCCAUGGCCGUGAUGAUGGCCCUCGCAGCUCCUAAUGUGCAGGUCCUGGGCAUUACGUGUUGCCAUGGAAACACAUCCAUUGACAAUGUGUGCAGAAAUGUGUUCCGAGUUCUGAAGGCUUGCAAGAGGACUGACAUCCCUGUGUUCCGGGGUGCCAGUAGCUCUCUCCUUGGACAAAGUUUUGAUUCUUCGGAGUACCACGGGAAGGAUGGUCUGGGUGAUGUCCCAGACCCCAAUGCACCAGGACUGGAACUUCUGCAGAGCGAGCACGCUGUAACUGCUAUGGUGCGGAUAGUUACUGAACAUGCUGGGCAGAUUUCUCUCGUGGCACUUGCUCCCUUGACUAAUGUAGCUCUGGCAAGUAAAAUGGACCCAGCGUUCUCUACAAAGCUGAAAGAUCUGUACAUCAUGGGCGGAAACAUGGAAGCCACGGGGAAUGCAACUGUAUGUGGAGAGUUUAACUUUGCCACUGACCCAGAGGCUGCGUUCAUUGUCUUGAAUCAGUUUGUGUGUCCAACCUAUGUCACAACAUGGGAGUUUACCCUACGCCACACUCUGUCUAGGGAGUUCUUUGAUGAGUGGGUGAGUCAAGACACUGUGAAGGCUUGCUUCAUGAGGACAAUAACAAGAUACAGUGGGAAGGACAAGGCAGUCGAGCAAAAGGAUGCAGAAUCUCACGUUGAUCCAGAUUUUAAUCCUUGUGAUUCUUAUGCAGUGGCAGCUGCCAUCGAUGAGGGUGUUGUUACUGAAUAUAUUCAGUGCGGUGUAACCGUGGAGUUACAGGGCUCGCUGACCAGAGGGAUGAUGGUCCUGGAUACACAAAAUCACUUGCAAAAGCAAAACCAGGCGUUUGUCAUGAAAAAAUGUGACAUUGCAAAAUUUAGGGAGCUGCUGAUGGCUGCUCUGGCGUAGGUGGUUUAAUUGUGAUUAUGGAAAGGAAGUUGGCGGUCACCAAUCGAUUUUUAUACAGGUCAUCUAUUUAGAUAAGUGGCUUUCUGUUACUGAGUUACCAGGAAAAACUUUCCACACGUAAGUACAUCGAGGUAGUAUAAAAGGGGAAAGAAAAAUGAUGCAGGAUAUAGCGGUCUAGUUACAGAGUCUAGUUACAGUGCAGGUAGACACAGUUUAAGGGCCAUGUUGAGGUACAGCGAAAUGUCAACAAUUCUUUUUCAUUGGAGUUCAGCACAUAGUUGCCUCCAACAUUUUAAUUGUGAGGGUAAACCAUCAGUGAAAAGGCUUCAAUCAAUAACCAAUACUGCCAGUGCAAAGGGUUGAAUUCACAAUUCUAGGCUGUAAAAAUUUCAAGGGCUUGCUUUCAAAGUACAUACAAAGUUAUGUAUACAAAAGUUCAUUUGAUUAAAGGUUCAUGCAGUAUACAACCCUGAGAUUCAUCUUCCCACAGGCAGCCACAAAGAAACACAAGACCAUCAAACACCCAACGUGUGAGAAAAAAGAAAUCACAGCAGAAAUCAAGCAAAGAACACACACAGCAUUAAACAUCAAACAGUACAGUCCCCGUAAGAGUGAAGCCCGUCCAGAAGCCAGUGGCCUCAGUCCACAGCCCCUAAGUCGUGCAAAUACUGUAGUGAAAACAGUGAGCAAAGACACAUGGAACGUGUAUCUGCAGAGUCCCUAAAGUGAGCGACAGCCAUGGAACACGUUCAGCACUGAGGACGUUAAACAUCAAACUGCAGAUUUGUUGUGAAGUUUCAUCCAAACAGUCGUCAGUAAUUUCUCUGGGUAGACCAUUAAUCUAAUCAUGAGUCACUAUCCCAGCAGGCAGAUUCACCUUCAAUUACCAGGUGAAGUGGAGCUGCUGGGAAAACUGGAAUACUGAAACACGUCAAAGUGGAGCUUAUUGUCAUGUGCACAAAUACAUGUCUGCACAAGUCCAGUCAAAAACCAGCAGUACCACAGGUUGCAACAUUCACAAGAAGGCCAUACUUUAAAUUAUACAAGGAGGAACACAAUUAGUGCAAAAAAACAUUUUAGUGUGAAGUGAUCAAAGUGGUCACAUGGUUUCCAUCUGCAGUGAGCAGGAUUGUUCAAAAUACAGUUAUUAUCAAAAUAAGUAUAAAUUAUACAGCCUUGAGGUAUGUCAGCUUACAGGCAGUAACAAAACAAGAAACCCUAACGAAUCCAUUUAUAAAAACCAACAAACGCCCAAGGCACAGAGAAAGAAAAAAACACAUCAUGCAAGCAGCAGCGUUCAGAAUGAGAGUGAGUCCAUGGACACAAAGCCCGGAGUAGGCCCAAAGCCUGGAGCAGGCCCGAAGCCUCAGCCGCAGUUCAUCACACAGCAGGGCAAAUCAUUGCAGAGUUCGCAGCCUCACAUCCUCAGUGCCGCCGAGAGCAGAGCAGCGACUCUUACCUCGCACCCGCACGCCUCGACCCUCAGAUCAGCCUCGCCUUCGCUGGCCUCUGUUUGCGGUGAUCAUUUACUGGAAAUUACCAUAGAAAAAGUGCUAUUAAUAAGGUACUUAGUGGUAUUUCUUUGUGCAGGUUGAUUCAAGAACUGAAUGGUAGAAAGGAAGUAGCUAUUCUUGAACUUGGUCUGGUGGGACUUCAAACUUCUGUACCUCCAGCCUGUUAGCAGCUUGAGAAGAUGGGUGGGGAUCUGUGAUGAUAGUCGUUGCCAUCUUCAGGCUGGGCCUCCUGUAGGGACUAUGGAUGGUGAGGAGGGGUACGUUCCUGAUAGAUUGGACUGAAUUCUUUACUCUCCCCAGCUUCCUGUGUUCUUGGACAUUCUGAUUGCCGCAUCAGACCAUGAUACUUUCAACAGUAUGUCUCUUCAUUAGCAUGUUUGGUGACAAGUUGAAUCUUCUGCGAAAAUAAAGGAGCAGGCAGAGUCCUCAAAUCCUGAACUGUACUUUAAAAAAUUGGCCCUAUUUCAUGAAAUGGUUACAUACAGAGGGCACUGUUCUUUCCAUCAUUUAUGCUAGAAUCUCAAGCAGGAUUUCUCAACCUGUGGUGUACAGACCCCUCGGUAAAGGGUAGGGUCCAUGGCAUGGAAAAGGUUGGGAACCCCUGGUCUAAAGCAAAAAAUGUGUAAGAACUUAGCAUCUUGAGAGGUAAAGGGAAGGCCAAGGUCAGAAUUAGGUUUAAUAUCGCUGACGUGUGUCAUGAAAUCUGUUGCUUUACGGCAGUAGUAUGUAAAAAGCUAUAAGCUACAAUAAGAAAUAUAUAUUUAUAUUUAUAUUAAUUUUUAAAAGAGCAAAAAUAGCAAGGUAGUGUACAUGAGUUAGUUCACUGUCUAUUUAGAAAUCUGAUGGUGGACAGGUAGAAGCUGUUCCUAAAACAUUGAUAACGUGUCUUCAGGCUCCUGUACCUCUUCCCUGAUGGCAGCAAUGAGAAGAGGGCAUACCUGUGGUGAUGAACAUUUUGAGUCGAUUCCCUGUAUCAGAUGCUAAUGCAGGGUCUUGCGCCAAAACAUUGCCCUGUCCCCCUGGCCUUUAUUGCGUACGGUUCUGGUCACCCCCGCUAAAGGAAGGAGGUUCAGGCUUUGGGUGCAGAAGAGGUUUACCAGGAUGCUGCCUGGUUUAGAGGGCAUGUGCUGUCACAAGAAGUUGGAUAAACUUGGGUGGUUUUCUCUGGGGUGCCGGACUGAGGGAAGAUCUGAUGGAGGUUUACAAGGUUGAGAGGCAUAGAUAGAGUGGACAGAGAGUAUCUGUAUCCCAGGGAUGAAAUGUCUAAUACCAGAGGGCAUACAGUGAAGGUGAGAGGAGUAGGUUCAAGGGGGGUAUGAGGGGUAAGCUUUUUACUCAAAGUCACGGAAGCCUGGAAUGUGCCACCUGAUAUGGUGGUAGGGCAAAUACAUUACAAUCCUCUUUUCAGUAAUACAAGAAUUGUUUAAGAGAUGUUGGGAUAAGCACAUGGAUGUGGGGAAGAUGGAAAGAUUAGUGAUAGGGGGGUUUUUGAUUGGCGUUUUUGCUGGUUCAGCACAACAUUGUGGGCUGAAUGGCCUGUUUCUGUGCUGUACUCUUAUAUGUUCCUCCAGUUUAUUUCUUGUUUUUCUUUGUUUCUUUCUGCUCUCUAAAGAAAACACUUGGAACAGUGCUCUUUCAUUUUAGGAACCAUAUGUUUGUAAAUGUUUAUGGAACCCCAUUUUAAUGUCUUUGUACGCUUUCUCUGAAUGGGUGACCAAAACUGAACACAAUACUCAAUGGAGGCUGGACCAGUGUUUUAUAACGUUUCAACCCGACUACCCUGCUUUCAUACUGUGUCUGUUGAGAAUUGUGACAUUAACAUCUACCUCAACCUGCCACACCAUUUCAAUAAUGUUUAUUUAUUCAUGGAGAUACAGCACGGAGCGGGUCCUUUGAGUUGUGCUGGCCAGCAAUCGCCUGAUUUAACUCCAGCCCAAUCAUGGGACAAUUUAUGCAAACACGAGAAAACCUGCAGAUGCUGCGUUCACCAGCAACUUUUAUGUGUGUUGUAUGGGACAAUUUACGAUGACCAAUUAACCUACGAACCAGUGUCUCUGGACUGUGGGAGGAAACCCACGCGGUCAUGUACACACUCCUUACAGACAGUGGGGGGAAUUGAACCCAGGUCACUGGCACUGUAAAGCAUCGUGCUAACCAUGCCACCCUAAUUUGUGCACACAUACCCCCAAGCUCCUGCACCCUUUUGGAGCAGUAACCUUUAUCCUGUAUUACUCCUCCUCAGGCUUCCCACCCAAUAUGUUUUUACUGUAGCGAAUUGAUCACUAACUGCAGUUCACAGCACUGACCAGUUAACGUUUAAUGAUUGCUGCUCCCCCUCUUUACUGAUAAAACUUCCUGCUACUCUCUCUCUCUCUCGCCCUUCUCCCUCUCUAAUGGUUUCUUCUAUUGCUGAUGAACUGUCCCUUUCCCACCGGGCCUCCCCUCACCUCCUUUCAAUAAGGGAUCUGAAGUUGUUUGCAGUAAAUCAAACCACCAGGGAGAAUAGGCACAGUUCUCAAAGCUAAACCAUCACUUAGAUCCCAGUGUUUUACUAAACCUCACACACAUUUGUUUUCUUCACGGCUUUAUAACCUUCAGUUUUCUCUGAUGAACAAUAUGUGGAUUGCAAAGGCUGGAAAAGUGAAAUUAAACUUGAUCAGAGGGACAUGCUUGUCACACAGAGGAAGAUGGGUAUGGAACAACCUGCCAGAGGGAGCUGUAGGGGUGGGUACGGUUACAAAAUUUAACUAGGUGCCUCGGUGGAUAGAAAAGAUUUAGAGGGAUACGGACUAAAUGCAGACAAAUGGAUCUGGCACCGGGGGGGGUAACUUGGUCGGCAUGGACAAGUUGGGCCGAAGGGCCUGUUCCUUGCUGUAUAAAUAUGAAUCAAUGAUUCCAUGGCCAGAUUGAAAAGGUCAGGGUGUUGGGGCUGGAGGUGAGGAGUGGGCUGCUGUAUGAGGUUUACUUGUCUCUGUGUUGGACGUCAGCUUGCCGCUCCAGCAGGUUUGCUUGCCUCUGUUCUGAACAGGGACUGGGGCCUACAACUAACUUAUGAAUCUGCCCAGCUAUGGAUUCACUUUCGUCAACUUCAGUUCUAUUUGGCUCACUUGUACUGUUCGCACAAUUUGUGUUUUUUUUCUCUCUCUCUGCUCAGUGACUGUUUGACAGUCUUGUUUUAAUGGGUUCAAAUGGGUUUCUUUGUUUCGUGGCUGCCUGUAAGGAGAUGAAUCUCAAGGUUGUGUAAAGUACAGGUUUCCCCCGCCAUCCGUAGAUACAGUGUUCCUAUGAAACGGUUCGUAAGCCGGAAUGUCGUAAAGUGAAGAAGCAAUUACUAUUUAUUUAUAUGGGAAAAUUUUGUGAGCGUUUGCAGAUCCAAAAAUAACCUACCAAAUCAUGCUAAAUAACACUUAAAACCUAAAGUAACAGUAACAUAUAGUAAAAGCAGGAAUGAUAUGAUAAAUACACAGCCUAUAUAAAGUAGAAAUACUUUCCACAAUCAUUGCCGGCACUGUUCUCUGUAGCGCAAAUCUCACACAAGCGCUCUCGGCAGAAAAUCUCACGCAAGCGCUGUUGGCAAGAUCACUCUCUCCAGUAACCUUUAAGCUAUGAAGCUGCCAAAUCAUACCAAACAACACGUAAAAAUAUACAGCCGAUAUAAAGUAGAAAUUAUGUAUGUACAGUGUAGUAUCACGGGAAUCGGGAAGACAUCAAGCACACUGAUGAUGGUGUGUUAGGCUGAGUCGUUGGAGUUUGGGUGGUGCAGUGGCCCCCACCCUCCAGACCGCGGACUGAUACCGAUCCGCGAAGCAUACAGGGGUACAGCGGUAGCGUGGAGGCACACAGCACAUCUUUAAGAAAAAAGCCGAGAUAAACAUGCUAAUUAAUUAGGUGCUGCCGGGCACGUAAUUGUCAGCCCAGAUCAGAGGUGACGCAAUUGCAGUCUGUGUAAAGUGUAAAGAACUAAUGUAGGUCUUUCGUAACAGUGAGGUUUCGUAAAGCAAA